AUGGGCAAGUCAAGCACAACCAUCAAAGCAUGUAAACUACCUUUUCUGACUGAUAUCCAUCUUGAAUCUCGUUGGCGUGAAGAGCACUAUACACUUCAACUGAUAAAAGACUUGCUAUAUGACGUGAAUCCUGGUUUGAAGUUUGUCAAAGUAGAAAGUGUACAGCUAGGAAACGUAGUAUUGGAGAGUGUUGAAUGGUCCCGAACAUCUUCAGAUUGUGGGUUGCAAAUUAAAGGAGCAUCAGCGGCUGUACCCAUAACUGAGUUGAUUGAUCUUACAACUAGUGACCUUAAAGAGGUUACCGUCUUAACACUUGUCAGUUGCGAGAUUGAUUUUUGUCAGUCUGAAAUUAAGUCCCCGCAAAGCCCAAAGGAAGUUGGUACACUGCGGGAAAUCAGGUUCGUUGGUUCAGAAAACCCACUUUCCGAAUCUGACAGGAACAAGCUUUCGGAGUUGUAUCCUAAUGUCAAAGUGACUGAAAACCAGGAGAGUCAGGAAUCAUCUGAAGAAUCUCAGGAGGGUGCAGGGAUACCAUCCAAGUUGGAUAAGGCCUCCUUUCAGUCAUUCAAGACCUCUGCCAUAGAUGAACUUGUUGAGGAAAAGGUCGAAUUUCAUGAAGAUACAGGCUCACAGAACCCUGAAGGUGGAGAAGAAGAAACCUCAUGGCAAGAAAAAGAAGAGGAAUUUGACGUGAACCAAGGAAGCCUGCCCCAUGAAUCAGCACCUGGUGAAGGAGAUGUCGAAACAACCAAUAAAGAGUGUUGCAAGAGAGUUGGAGCUGAUGGUGGUAGAUUGCAGCUAGAGUCCUUUGGAAUUGAACUUGAGAUACCUCCCGGUGCAAUCAACAGCAAAGAGCCACAGGAAAUAUCUCUGCGUGUCCUGACCGAUACUCCUAAUCUUGGUGACACCGAAAAAGAGAUGUCCGUCUGCUUUGGGGUACAAUGCUUAGCUCCUGAUGACUUAGUCUUGAGGUCACCGGUGACUUACAAAAUACCUCAUUGCGCUGUUGCAAACCGGUACUCCAGUUUAGAGGCAGUCCUUUACACAGGAGAGGGGGAAUAUACACCGGAUGCAGAUGUCAAAGAGAGAAUCCUAUUAAGAAAUACAGGACUUCCAAACUGUGUCAUCGAAAAGGGUGUUCUUAGAUUGCAGAUAGAUCACUUCUCCUGGCUUUUCAUCAGAUUUAUCAAGAAUUUGUUCUUCAGAGGGAAACAAAUGUGUUGCUUGCCAUUUGCAGAACAGCCACUACCAGAAGAAAGAAUGUCUGUCAUCGUGCGUGUACAUCUCUUUGACGACCUUACGGGGGAAAAAAAGAUGGUAGUGCAAGAAGAACAGGACAUAGGAUUUGCUCGUAUUCACCCUGCUACAGAAAUCCCAAUCAAUGUGACAGAAGAGGAUGUCACAAUGGCUUGUUUCCUUGAUAACGAUCGUGUUCGAGAGGCAAUUGUCGAAUACGACGACUUAUGGAGAGGAAAAGAUAGGAUAGCGGAUUUCGAGUUGGACCUAACUAAUCAACCCCCUAGAGUUAUUGUGGACCUGAAAGUGGGUCAGAAUGGACAACGACAGAAAGACCUAAAAUGCGUAUUAAAGUUUGCAUCACACUGCAGAUCCUCUAGCUUUCAACCCCACGACAUAGGACAACUAGAAGGUGCUACAGGUCAAACGCCACUUCAACAAAUGGAAGCAAUUCCACAGAUGAAUCCUGCUCGAAAGAAGGACUUUGAUGACAACAUUAAAACCGUUGCAAAAAAAGUUACCUCACGUCAAGAUAUAGAUGAUCUGGGAAAGGCUCUUGGCUUUGGACCAGAGGAUAUCAACCGUUACGUUGAGGAAAACAACAAAGGACCGGGUGUGUCGUACAUGGGAACUCUUUCCAUGCUCCGAGAUUGGAGUAAGAAGCAAACAAAUGAUAAAGACCGGAAAGCCUUGCGGACUGCUCUAGAAAAGGCUGAUCAAAUCCGUCUCGCUGAUAAACUAUUUAGUGAAUAA